AUGAAAUCAGGCAGCCUUAGAAUCAUAUCCAAUGCCAACGUGGUAACCAGACCAAACCCUGAGGUCGUCGGUUCGAACAGAGAUGAGGUGGCUGAUUCAUCGGUCCACCUGCUCCGGAGCGCCUCCAAAGGCCCAGAAUCACGCCAUGUACUGCAUCAUUCCUUUGCGGAUAUUGAUAACAACGAUGGGCUGGCUGUGGUGCCUUAUGGAAAUGGUUUUGUCAAUGGAAUUAUUCAAGCGUUUCAACAAGACCUUCAUCUCGUCCUCCGUCCUGAUGACAUAUGGUUGGCUAUUACGGUCCAACUCAGCUUCUACAUCAAUGGCCAUGCCGAAGAGAUGCGAAAAUUCUUUGUUGAACAUGAUGACAAGAAGGAACUCGUUGUCGACUUAACUCCACAGACCAUGGAAAAUCUGGAUAUUGCAUACGCUGCAAAGCUUUUUGCCGGAUUAAUCCAGGAAAAUGUGCGGGUCCCAGAUCUUAAAAGUUGGAUCCUUCCAGACUUUUCCACAACAACCGAUAACGAUAUAAGCGUCGCGGCAAUGGUUAUGAUGGCAACUACAAAGGCAUAUUUUGAAUACAUUAUGUUGUGCGGUUGUGGAUUUCCAAGCGUCACACUUCUCGGGGAGAGAGAUGACUGGGUGAAGCUUUCUGAGAGACUACCUAGACUUGCGACAUUUGGCGAUGAACCUGCGGAAUGGAGCAAAUUACUCGUCAAAGUGGUCGAGAAAAUGAUUGAAACGUUUGAUCACCCAGAUGACGAAGCUACAAAAGAGUUCUGGAUGAAGGCAGUCCAUAGAACUGGUGCAGAGGCUUCAGGCCGGGGACUGGACACGUUAUCUGGAUGGAUCACGGCAUUCUGCUUCUGGAACGAGGAAGGCAGAAUGAUCAAUCAAUAUUCAGAUGAAUAUAUAAAAUUAUCUUCAUUCGACGGGGAGGGAGAUGAAGACAGGAAGAGGCUCGUCAUUGAUGAUGUCAUCUUCCCGAUCAUCAGAGCAAAAAGUGUGCCACAGUCUGUGGUUCAAGUACCCGUCAAAGUUCUGGAUGCAUCGACAAUGCUUGAAUAUGAAACUACCAUCAUAGCAGGCUCUGUAGGUAUGACAGCAACUACGAGUGGGAGUGAAGUGGCGCCCGACACUUUCCAGCCCCGAUCAGGUUGGUGGAUGUUACUCGACGAGGUUAAACAGCUUGGUGCGGAAAAGCUGGAGAAGUAUGUGGAGAUUCUACAGGAGCGGCUCAAUCUAUCUUAA